CUUCCUUUUUUUUUUUUUUUUUUUUUUUUUUUUUGAAGCCUACCUUCCCCAGUCUCACUGCUAGUGGGCAGUGAGAGUGUCUUCACAAGCAGAGGACAAAGAUGUCCCCCUCUCUCUGGGGGUGUGGGAGGAAGCUCCAGGCCCCCACUCCGGGGUCCAUUUACCCUGGCCCCAUGGAUCCCCAUCCAUGCCUGGUGUCUAAGGUUCUCCCCAUCCUUUUGGGGGUCUAGGCUCAAGAGGACAGGUGCAAAGGGGAACAGAAGGUCCCCAGCACUGGGGGAAUCUCCCUGCUGGAAGUUGUAAAGGAUUCUGGAGCCAGGAAAGUUUCAUUCUAGAUGUGAGUCUGCAUGAACAAACGGGAAUACUGUGUGGCCUGGUUGUGGGAAAGAGAAGAAGAAAAUUUCUAAAAAAGGGGUGUCAAGCUUCUAUUUUUGCUGCUAUCCCUUUGUAAUACACUCAGAGCAGAAUUUGGACUAAUUUUUUGACCACAGAUACUUUCUAAACAUGAUGCAUUUCAAAAGUGGACUCGAAUUAACAGAGUUGCAAAACAUGACCGUGCCCGAAGAUGAUAACAUUAGCAACGAUUCCAAUGACUUCACUGAAGUAGAAAAUGGUCAGAUAAAUAGCAAAUUUAUUUCUGAUCGCGAAAGUAGAAGAAGUCUCACUAACAGCCACUUGGAAAAAAAGAAAUGUGAUGACUAUAUUCCAGGAACAACCUCCUUAGGCAUGUCUGUUUUUAACCUAAGCAAUGCCAUUAUGGGCAGUGGGAUUUUGGGACUCGCCUUUGCCCUGGCAAACACCGGAAUUCUACUUUUUCUGAUACUUUUGACUUCUGUGACACUGCUGUCUAUAUAUUCAAUAAACCUUCUUUUGAUCUGUUCAAAGGAAACAGGCUGCAUGGUUUAUGAGAAGCUGGGAGAACAGGUCUUUGGCACCACAGGGAAGCUCGUAAUCUUCGGAGCCACCUCUCUACAGAACACUGGAGCAAUGCUGAGCUACCUCUUCAUCGUAAAAAAUGAACUACCCUCUGCCAUAAAGUUUCUGAUGGGAAAGGAAGAGGCAUUUUCAGCCUGGUAUGUGGAUGGCCGUGUUUUGGUGGUGGUAGUUACCUUUGGCAUUAUCCUCCCUCUGUGUCUCUUGAAGAACUUAGGGUAUCUUGGCUAUACCAGUGGCUUUUCUUUGAGCUGUAUGGUUUUUUUCCUAAUAGUGGUUAUCUACAAGAAAUUUCAAAUUCCCUGCAUUGUUCCAGAGCUAAAUUCAACAAUAAGUGCUAAUUUAACCAAUCCUGACAUGUGUACACCAAAAUAUGUUACCUUCAAUUCAAAGACCGUGUAUGCUUUGCCAACCAUUGCGUUUGCUUUUGUCUGCCACCCAUCAGUCCUGCCGAUUUACAGUGAGCUUAAAGAUCGAUCACAGAAAAAGAUGCAGAUGGUUUCCAAUAUCUCCUUUUUCGCCAUGUUUGUUAUGUACUUCCUGACUGCCAUUUUUGGCUACUUGACAUUCUAUGAAAAUGUGCAAUCAGACCUCCUUCACAAGUACCAGAGUAAAGAUGACAUUCUCAUCCUGACAGUGCGGCUGGCUGUAAUUGUUGCUGUCAUCCUCACAGUGCCGGUGUUAUUCUUCACGGUUCGUUCAUCUUUAUUUGAACUGGCUAAGAAAACAAAGUUUAAUUUAUGUCGUCAUGUCUUGGUUACCUUCAUACUCUUGGUUAUUAUCAACUUGUUGGUGAUCUUCAUACCCUCCAUGAAGGAUAUUUUUGGAGUCGUAGGAGUUACAUCUGCUAAUAUGCUUAUUUUCAUUCUUCCUUCAUCUCUUUAUUUAAAAAUCACAAGUCAGGAUGGAGAUAAAGGGACUCAAAGAAUUUGGGCUGCCCUCUUCUUGGGCCUGGGGGUGUUGUUUUCCCUGGUCAGCAUCCCAUUGGUCAUCUAUGACUGGGCCUGCUCAUCAAAUAGUGACGAAGGCCACUGAGACCAGCUGAGGACAGGAGACAUUUCCAGACCGCUGCUCGGCCAUGUCACCCCACAUCAGCAGUCUUCAUCACUUCUUUUGCAAGUUUACAGAAGCAAACAGAAAUUCACAAGAUACUUAAAAUGGAAUAACAUUUUGGUAGCAAAACAGAAACCAGUUUCUAUAAUGGUUCCAGUCCCUCUAAGAUUUCAGAUCAAUUUAAGGAUUGUGGAUAUUUUUUUUUUUUUUAAGUUUCAUGCAAUUGUGUAUCUCCGUGCUCUUCACAGUUAUUUUUCACUCUUCUAACUCUAUUUUUUUGUUACUUCCUGGUCCCUUAAAACUUUGAAAACAUGAUCGUCAAUCAUGUUUAUUUAUUACACAUCCAGAUUCUGUAAUAAUUUUCCUGCCGAUGUUCCACUCACAUCAUCUGUACCUUUUUAGAAAAGAAUCUUGAAUUGUAUAUAGUUAUUUUGCUUUACAGAAAAAAAAAAUGGUUUCAUAAGUAUUUUGCCUACUUUGGUUAACAUAGCACACAGGGAUACUUGUAAGAGAGUGACAGGGUGUGUGCCAUUGCUGGAUCAGAACCUGCCCAAUAUUUGAGGUGGCUCUGAUCACCCGGCAGCCGGGGGCUCUAGCAGUCCAGUGGCCUCAUUGGUACUACAUCCUGCUUUAUGUAGAGACAUUCUCCAAUGAAUGUUCUCAGCUGGGAAGGGGGUGAGAAUGACUUCUUACCUUGGUAAACAUAUUAAACCACACAUUUGGGUUACCUAGCAAGUGAAGUUUUGUUUCCCUCUUGGCAAAUUGUGUCAAAGUUACUCUGAGCUGAGUCACCUUCCACUGAGGGAGACCCAUGACACCUUUGUAAUAAAUUGAGAAGCAAGAGUAUCCAAAAUGCUUAAGAAAAUAUUCCUCUGAAAAAAAUAGCCUUCAACCCUACACCUGUAUUGUUGAAAGGAGAAAAAACAUUUUCUUAAAUUAUGAACCCAGCAGCUUUUACUCAUGUCCACCAGCUUUUUGCACAGGGAAUAAUGUGUAUCUAGCCAAGGACGAUCUAAGAGAAGUAAUUCCUGUUUUAUAUUGGGUACUUUAGGGGGGUCUUUAAAAGACUUGUUUUAUAUCUAUAAAUUUAGGUUAUUACAAAUACAAGAUUUUUGUACCUUAAAUAUAAGCCUCAUUCCUAUUUCUUCUCCAUUAACAAUCCACCCAGAGUCUUGAAAAAAAAAAAAAAAGAAAAAAAGAAAAGAAA